GUGGGUACUUGAGACCACGACCAAUUCUUAUCAGUUGGUGCUGGAUCGUCGUCCGAUCAACAUCGCGCGAGCAAGAUCUCCUUUUACAUUUGAGCCAUUGUUAACUGUGUGCUGUGUGUGAUCGCAUUUCUCACCCUCGGCGUGAGAAUUCAAAUUUAUUCAAUUUUCAAAUAUUGUGGAGUUUAUUCUUUCUUUCAAAUCCCUAAAGAGAAUCAUGACUACCAUCAUUGGAGAUAUUAAAUCGAAAUAUGAUGAAAUAAUCAUUGGAAUUGAUCCGGAAAUCGACAAUUGGCUCUUCAUGCGAUCACCUUUCCCCGUAAUUGGAAUUGUUCUUGUCUACCUGUAUUUUGUUCUCAAACUUGGACCAUAUCUAAUGGAAUCACGAAAACCAUACAACAUGCAGAAACUUCUAGUCUUUUACAAUUUCUACCAAGUGAUCUUCUCAACAUGGCUCUGCUUACAGGCAUUUAAUGUGGAAAAUAGUAUCCUAGAGAUUUUCAAGUUUGCCGUUGGAAUACCUAUUCCUAAUGAUCGUGAUCUAGUUCAUACGGCAUGGCGAUCAUCUUGGUGGUACUUCUUCUCGAAGCUUAUUGAACUUUUGGACACGGUAUUUUUUGUUUUGCGGAAGAAGCAGAAUCAAAUCUCCUUCCUUCAUGUGUAUCAUCAUUCAAUGACGGCUCUUGGGUCAUGGUGGUACCUAAAAUACCUGUCAGGGCCGCAAUUUCUUCUUAUUGGCUUCCUGAACUCAUUCGUACACAUUGUCAUGUACUUCUAUUACAUGCUUUCUGCAAUGGGACCAAAGUACCAGAGAUUCCUGUGGUGGAAGAAAUAUUUGACGACCCUCCAGUUGGCACAAUUCUGCGUGAUGCUCUUCUACCUGACGAUCAUUGCAAUUAUGGACAGCAAAUUGCCGCGUUCUCACACAUUCUUCUUCAUAACCAAUGUCGUCAUAUUCCUCUACCUCUUUGGCGAUUUCUACCGGAAGGAGUACAACAAGAAGCACUACAAAGAUUCAUCAGCUACUAAUAAAUAUAACAAUUCCAAUUCUAUUGCACAACUCUCGCAACUCAAAGAAAUGAUUGAUCAGAAUGAGAAGAAAGUUUAUUUACAAAGUAUGAUAGUUAAAAAUGGUAACCAAAAAGUACUUUAAAUUAAUUGUUAUUUUACCUUAAAUAAUAUUUUAAUAAUCGUUAGGUAAUUAUUAUAAUGUUGUAUUUUGUAAAGUGAUCUGUAUUUUUUAGAGUUUUUCUCCAGUGAAAUAAAUUAUUAUUCUCGUUUUGGUUUUUCAUUCUCCCUGCACUUCUUAUUUGUUUAAGCAAUCUUAAAUUGUUAGAGCAUUCUCUUUAAUUUUUUCUUUUAAAUUUUACUGCUGUUUGGAGAAAUUUAAUGUAUAAUAUAUUUAACAAUUCCUUAGGUUAAUUGACAGUAUAUCACACUAUAUAAACACAACCUGAUUAUAUAAAUAUUCUAUCUUUACUUUCCAAACCAUUUUCCUUUCAAUUUUCUUUGUUAUACAUUGUAGUUUUUUUUUUAACAAUUCUCUUGUCAAUCUUCAUCUAUCUUGUAUAAUAAAAUUUGAGCACUAAAAAUUCCAAAUGGAAA